CUGGCGGCAGGAGCGCGAAGAGGGGGGCCUGGCAGGGCGGGCCCAGCUGCAGUCUCCCGAGAGGGCCCCGGCCGCCGCAUCCCUGUCCCUGGGUCCAGGGGGCCGAACAGGGUUCCGGGCAGGCUGGGGGGCCCCGUUGACCCCCAUCAGCCCGGCCGGACCGGAGGGGCGUGGCCAGCGCCAGGGGGAGGGGCCGGGGAGAGACGCCGGGGAGGGCGGCAGGGUCCGGCUGGGCGCGGGCUGCCGCGCGGAGCCCCCAUCCUGGGCUAUUUAUAGCCCCCGCGGACCCCGCUUCCAGGCGGGGAGGACUCGUCGCCCCUCCUCCAGCGCCGGAGGACCUCGCGCACCCCGGCGUCCCGAGCUGCCGCGCCCUCCGUCCGUGCCCUUCGGAGACGGGGCAGCGCCGGGGUCUUCGGUGCGUCCCGCUCCCGGCCGUGACUCGGUGGCUCCGGAAGGCCGGACAACCCCCGCACCCCGCUCCGCCCUCCCUGGCCUGACCCGGCGUCCGCGCGUCCGCCGCCCGCCCGCCGGGCUGUACGACAGGGGCGACCCCAACGCGAGCCACCGACCUUCGCGUCCAGGUGUGCCUGAGCCCGCGCCAGCUGUCCCCACCCGCGGCUGCGGUCCAAUGGGGUGGUGACCCCCUCCACUCCGGCGCCAUGUGGCCCAAUGGCAGUUCUCUGGGGCCCUGUUUCCGGCCAACCAACAUCACCCUGGAAGAGCGGCGGCUGAUCGCCUCGCCCUGGUUCGCGGCCUCCUUCUGCCUGGUGGGCCUGGCGUCCAACCUGCUGGCCCUGAGCGUGCUGGCGGGGGCGCGGCAGGGCGGCUCCUACGCCCGCUCCUCCUUCCUCACCUUCCUCUGCGGCCUGGUCCUCACCGACCUCACGGGGCUGCUGGUCACCGGCGCCAUCGUCGUGUCCCAGCACGCCGUCCUCUUCGACUGGCGCGCCGUGGACCCCGGCUGCCGCCUCUGCCAGUUCAUGGGCGUCGUCAUGGUCUUCUUCGGCCUCUGCCCGCUGUGGCUGGGCACCGCCAUGGCCUCGGAGCGCUACCUGGGCAUCACCCGGCCCUUCUCGCGGCCCGCGGCCGCCUCCCAGCGCCGCGCCUGGGCCACGGUGGGGCUGGUGUGGGGCUCGGCGCUGGCGCUCGGCCUGCUGCCCCUGCUGGGCGUGGGCCGCUACACGGUGCAGUACCCCGGCUCCUGGUGCUUCCUCACGCUCGGCGCCCAGCCCGGGGACGUGGCCUUCGGCCUGCUCUUCUCGCUGCUCGGCGGCUUCUCGCUGGGGCUGUCCUUCCUGCUCAACACCAUCAGCGUGGCCACGCUGUGCCACGUCUACCACGGGCAGGAGGCCGCCCAGCAGCGCCCACGGGACUGCGAGGUCGAGAUGAUGGCUCAGCUCAUGGGCAUCAUGGUGGUGGCCAGCAUCUGCUGGAUGCCGCUGCAGGUGUUCAUCGCCCAGUCGGUGCUGCGCAGCCCGCCCGCCAUGAGCCCCACGGGACAGCUGUCGCGAGCCACGGAGCAGCAGCUGCUCAUUUACCUGCGCGUGGCCACCUGGAACCAGAUCCUGGACCCCUGGGUGUACAUCCUGUUCCGGCGGGCCGUGAUCCGGCGCCUGCGCCCUCGCCUCAGCGCCCGCGCCAGGUCGCUGUCCCUGCAGCCCCAGCUCACCCGGAGGCCCACGGAGCAGUAGGGCCCACGGGGGACAGCCGGACAGGGCGCCAAGCCAGCGUGGCCCUCACGAACCCUCUGUCCUCCCGGAGGGUCACGGCCGGUCUGUUCUGAAGUCCCA